AAUUACUGAACAAAUGCUUGUUCACUGAUCUUCGUUUACAGGCCCUAUUUAUAGCAAAAUUCCAGAAUUUUUCAAGCCAUUUUUUUUCUACUCGAAGGUAUCGAAAUGGUGGUUGAAAGAUGAGCUCCUGCCAGGCUUCUUACACUCUUUUAGGGUUUCUUCUGCAAAAAAAUGACAGUCUCUGUGCUCUCAAUGCUCAGUUUCUCAGGGACUACGCAGAUAGGCUCGUCAACGCUCUGUUAUGGGUCUCUCUCAUCACUGUCACUACUCUUCUUCUCAGAAGAGUGUUCAGAUUGUUGAGGUUUUGGUCCAAAGGCCGGAGAAUACCAGGUCCUCCAUGCCCUUCAUUUUAUGGCCAUUCAAGGUUUUUCUCCAGGACUGGAUCGACUGGAAAUCUUAAUGAGUUCCUUUCGAGAUCACAUAAGGAGUAUGGGCCAAUUGUUAGGUUGUGGUUGGGACCCACCCAACUUUUGGUGUCUGUAAAGGAUCCAGAAUUGAUCAAGGAAAUGCUGUUAAAAGCUGAGGAUAAGUUGCCAUUGACAGGAAAGGCAUUCCGCCUUGCUUUUGGGCCAUCCAAUUUGUUUGUUUCAUCCUUUGAGAAGGUGCAAAAGAGGAGAGAGUCCCUAUCUACAGAAUUGAAUGGCAGCUUGCUCGAGAGAGUGCAUGAUGUCUCUCUAAAGGUUGCAAAUGGUAUUGCAGAACGAAUUGAUUCUGCUAAGUUCAAAGGCGCUCUAGACUGCGGGUCGGUUUCACAGCAUAUGGCAUUCUCUAUCAUUGGAUCUGCAUUCUUUGGAGAUGCAUUCUUGGUUUGGUCCAACGCGAAGGUCUACGAGGAGCUGCUUAUGAUGGUUGCCAAGGAUGCUUGUUUUUGGGCUUCUUAUAAAAUUCCUCCUUUAUGGAAGAGGAGUUUUUGGAGGUACCAGCAAUUAUGUGCACAAUUAAAGAGCUUAACUAGGGAUAUUGUUCAAGAGUCAAGACAACACCAUAAAUUAUCAGGUUCAUUUAAUCAAUAUCACAGGAAUGAAACUACAACAUCUGGAUGUAUGGCAGAUAGUAAUGCUGAGGUGCUUUUUGCUAAAGAUACGGUAGCAAGCAUCUUAUUCCCUGGAGAAUUAAAUGACUGCAUUGAUUUAAGUGAGGAGUCUUGUGGAAACAUCAUGGGUAUGAUGUUUCAUGGAUGCUUUACCGCUGCAGGCUUAAUAGGCAGCAUACUUACGAGGCUUGUUAUGCAUCCAGAGAUACAGGAAAAGAUAUACUCAGAAAUUUGCAGUGUAUGCAAAAAGUCAUCAAUGCCAGAUGUGAUCGAAGUCCAAAAGAUGCAUUAUUUAUUUGCAACUGUAUAUGAAUCUGCUAGACUUUUACCAGCAGGACCUCUUCUUCAGCGAUGUUCUUUAAAACAUGACUUGAAUCUCUGUGCAAACAUAAUCAUACCAGCUGGGGCUAUAUUAGCUGUUCCUACCCUGUUGGUUCAAACUGACGGUUCUAGCUGGGGGAUUGAUGCUAGCCAAUUCAAUCCAACUCGUUUCUUGUCGAAGGCCACAAACUGUAGUGACCAUAACGAUGUCAAACCGAAUUUUCGGCUGACAACCUCAAUAGAAGGUUCAGGAGCAUAUGGAAGUCCACUAACUAAAUGUUUGGGGUUUGAAGACCCGAAUGCCAAUGCAGCAUUUCUCCCUUUUGGCUCUGGUGUGAGGGCAUGCAUUGGGCAAAAGUUUGCUGUUACUGGAAUUACAGCUUUACUUGCAUCCUUACUUCAGCUUUACGAGGUCAGGCUCGACCCAGUCUCCAAGAAGGAUCCAAAUCCGACAAUGAGUGACAGUGUCCUACAACUUCCGCCCAGCCCAAGUAUAGUACUUGUCAAAAGGGAUUGCUGAAACUCUUUGGAGCUCAAAUUGCUCUUUCGGUUUCUUUUUUUUUACUGGCACAUUUCGCCGGGAUAUGGAUGUGAAAUAGUCUUCUUUUCACCUGGUUUCUCUCUCUCUCUCCCCGAUUUUUUUUUUUUUUAACGUUGAUGGUGUAUGUUUUUUCCUCCCUGUUUCUCCUGCAAUAAUAGUUUUCUCUCCAUAAUGGCACCAAUGGCCGAGAAAAUUUAGAGCACUUGGCCGAGAAAACUAAGUGGCACUUGGGGACAUUUGAUGCAGUGGAGCUGAAUGAUAUCACUACCAUCACCUUUUAUUUCGUUUGUUAUUUUUGCUCCUUGCUGGGAGUUAAUGUAAUCUAUGUAACAGUCAGAUAGAAAGAUGAAGAGAAAACAAUGUGAUGGGUGAUAUGGAUAUUAUGUGUAUGUGACCUUUUUUCUCUGAAAGUAUAUAAAUAUGGUUCUCUGCUC